AGGUUGAUGCAGCUCAUGGCGCCCCGGAAAGCCUGCAGCUCGGGGUCCCUCCGGUGCCACCGCCCAGCAGCCAGGCGCGGGUUCCCGCGCGCUCCGUUUUUAACCCCGGCUCACUGGCCAAUCGGGAGCCGGCGCCGGCGCCCCGGAGCCAAUCAGCGAGCGGCCGCGGCGGGGCGGGAGAUUCGACCGCAGCCCUCCCCUGGUGGGCGGCCCCGGGGCCCCUGCGGGCUCGCGUCACCGGGAGGGCGGGCCCGGACCCCGCCGCCGCGUAUAAAUAGCCGGGGUGGCCUUCUGGCCGGCCGCAGUAGGACGAUGGAGGUCCCCGGCCGCGGGCCCCGAGCCGAGGCUCCCUGGAAGCGGCUCUCUGCAGAGGAGUUGGAGAAUCAGUACUGCCCCAGCAGAUGGGUCAUCCGACGGGGAGCGGAAGAAACCCUGAAGAUGUACUCACAUCUAGGAGAAAAGGCCACCAAGAAGGCCCGGGCCACCAGGAAGAGCCUGCUGCAUGUCCCCUACGGGGAUGGCGAAGGGGAGAAACUGGACAUCUACUUUCCUGGAGAAGUGGCUGCUGAAGCCUUGCCUUUCUGUCUGUUCCUUCACGGAGGGUACUGGCAGAGUGGAAGUAAGGACAUGUCAGCCUUCAUGGUCGACCCACUGACGGCACGGGGAGUGGCCGUGGUAGUCGUGGCUUAUGACAUUGCCCCCAAAGGAACCCUGGACCAGAUGAUAAACCAGGUGACUCGGAGCGUUGUGUUUGUGCAGAAGAAAUAUCCGUGCAAUGAGGGACUUUACCUUUGUGGACACUCAGCAGGGGCCCACCUGGCUGCCAUGAUGCUCCUGGCCAACUGGACCAAGCACGGAGUCACACCCAACCUCAAAGGUUUUCACGGGACUGCAGGUUUUUUCCUGGUAAGUGGGAUCUAUGACCUGGAGCCCAUCGUGCACACCACUCAGAACGCCCCUCUCCUCCUGACCCCGGAGGACGCUCGGAGGAACAGCCCGCAGCUGCUCCUGGAGGCAGCCUUGACUCGGCCCUCGGGUCCAGCCUGCCACAUGCUGGUGACUGUGGGCCAACACGACUCCCCUGAAUUCCACCGACAGUCUAGGGAGUUUUUUCAGACGCUGCGCCGGGGAGGGUGGGAUGCCUCGUUUGAAGAAAUCCAUAACGUGGAUCACUUUGAAAUCAUUUGGAGCCUAACCCAGCAGGACUCUGCGCUCACCCAGACGAUUUUGAGCACAAUCUUUCGGGAGCCCUAACCCCGCUGGAGUGUGGCCCCUGCCACCGAUGAUGAAGGUCCUCCACAGACCCCACACGCUUCCCCUUCCUGCCAGCACCCCCCUCCCCGUGCCCAGGAGCACCUCCGUUUGCUCCCAACACCACUGCAAAUCUCCCUCCCGCUGGCCUGGAUGGAGGGGUUCCAGGGAAGUUCCCCCCAGUCAAAAAUGUGUGUGUGACAAAAAUGACAAUGCCCGGCAAUCAAUAGGCUUAGCUCCAGCUGAAAGUCUGCUGACCUUUUUGUAAGAGCUCAAACCAGUCUGUUCUGUCUUUUAUGGCAUUCUUUUGACCCAUCUGUCCUGUCUUGAGGCUUUCCCUAAGCUCCGGGGACAUAGCCCAGGGGCUAGCCCCUUCUGUGAGGGGACAAGGACAUCCACAGCCAGGUCAAGAUUCCUCUGCGCCCCACCCAGGGGUGUGUGCAGUUCCCAAGCAGCCCCUGUGUCCAACCACCACCCUCCCCUCCCCAGCAACCCUCCCCCACCCUAAAGAGCUAGGACCCCCUGAGAGAUGGGGUGUCACAAAAACGGAAACUAGCCUAGAUAGUCAUCAGUCAGGGAUAAGUACAUCCAAGCCCCCAGCGGCCGAACACGAUGUAGCCAUAAGAAAGAGACAUGUUUACCGGGUAGGAAAUCCCCCCAAAAUAUUGUUACAUGACAAAACCCAGAUGCUUGCUUAAUUACAACUUAGUACCAUCUCAAUGACUUUAAACAAUACACCCCCACAAAAAGACGUUUUUCUCUGUGUGCUCACGUGUGUAACGCAGAGGACAGACCCUGGGGGACCCACACCUAAACCCUCUGCUACCCUCCAGGGAGGGAGGUGUUUUCGCUAUAUUUGUAUUCUCUGCCGCUGGGGCUGAGAAGGUAAUGAAUAUUUAAACGUAGUAUGUAAUCGGAAGUGCUGAAAUACUCAAAAAGCUUUCAGGACGCAGGCAAGUGAGAACGACAUUAUAGACGGUAACUUGAAUCUACCCAGACCUGCAAAGGACAUGACUCACAGACUGUAGGACUUCCGUCUGACAUCUGCAACCAGUUCUGAGACUGAGACCCCUCGCAGCUGCUGCAGGGGGGCCCCUCCCAUGGCACACCUAGGUUGGGAAUUGCCCCCUUAGGUUACACCCUGAUGAGUUAAAAUGUCUUAAAAUAAG